AUGCAUUUCCUCACAAUCACUCUUUUCGCCAUCCUCCCCUUCUUUUCCCAAGUCAAUGGCGCACGACCUUCAGAUAUAAGUCCCCUCUGCAACAGCAACGGAUGCACCUGCAGCCUCGCAAUGAUGUGGCAAAACAACUCGACAGGACUCCCAGAUCCACCAGUUCGCGCCAGAGUAUUCAACAAAAACUGCACCUUCAUUUCAAAACCCAACAUCACCCAAGAAAAUAUGGGAAAAUAUCCCAUCAAUCUCACAUCGCCAAAGUUGCUUUCCAAUUUCUCGAUAUUCGGAGAAGAUUCAAACAAGCAUCCGGAGUUCACGUAUGGAGCGAAUUUUGAGGGUGGUGAGCAUUGUGGGUUUCAGACUAUGAAAUAUGAUGGAGCUUAUUACAAUGUGUGUAGUUGUACCUUUGCGUGCGAGGGACCGAAAGCGGAAUGGUGGGUUGCUCUGUCUGGUGCAAACCGCACUAAGACUACAGGAUUGAAGUGA